AUGAGAGGUGUGAAUGGUGGCCGUGCUUCCCGUCUUCGUACGGCUUUUUGGGCCGUGCUGCUGGAGGCCUGUAUAGCGCCUACACUAGGGCAAGGUAACGGCGAGACACUGGGAUUACAGGCAGAUGCGGAACCUGGAACUCUCCAUUGGGCGUUGGCCGUGAUCCUCGGGCUGAUCCUCAUUGCGGGACUGAUUCGCUCCUACCGCAUCCUCAAGCAGACGCAGCACCUCACGGUGGUUCGACAUGCUCCAGAGGGGAUGCGAAUCGUGGAAUGCGGCAAUUGUCGCACGCCACAGUAUGUUAGUGCACAUGGGCGCAUUUUUAUUUGCUGCACCUGCCAUUGUGCCAAUCGGAUACCUUUGGAGAUCGGCCGCUCAGAGGAGCUGAUUGUUCCGGAGGGUCCGCUGAAGAAGUUCGAGUUCAAGAAGGGUGGAGAAAACUACUGGCAGGAGGGAAGCGAAAUGUUCGAACAAGACAAAGAAGCAGAGGCGAGGGUGGCCUUGAAGAAUCAACGCCGGAACGCACACGUGGUGAAGCCGUUGAAGGACCUUCCAGACCGCGACCACUGGGAGGCUCUUUUGACCACCAAUUGGCAGAAUCUCAUUGAUGCCCCGGCAAGUGUCAAAGCGGAUUUUCGCUGCAUCGAAAUCGCCACGAAGCAAACCUGGAAGGCGCUGCGCUACGCCGCGGAGGAGCUUCGUGAUGAUCCGGUCUUCGUGCUGCCAAUGGUGGAAAGCUGUUGGUGGGCACUGGAAUGUUUAGGGGACAAUGCUCGACGAGACGAGGAAGUCGCAGCAGCCGCGUUGAAGCAGAGCAGCCUAGCCUUUGAGUGUCUUCCACCUGAGAUGCGAGAGGACCUCAUCACCUUGCAGGAAGCCGUGCGAAGUGAUGGGACAGCCUUGCGGUACGCCUCCAAGGAGCUCCGAGGCGACCGGAGCCUGGUGGAGGCCGCGGUGAAGCUGGAUGGAGGCGACGCCCUGCAGUACGCCGUUGAGGAGCUUCGGAACGACUCGCGCCUGGUCCUGGAGGCCUUGAAGGCUCCAAGGGGUUCGUCGAAAGCUCUGGCAUUUUCCUCGAAGUUGGCGGCAGAUCGAGCUUUUGUUCUUGAAGUUCUCAAGAAAGAUGGGCUCAGCCUACAAUACGUCUCACCCAUUCUGAAGGCUGACACCAGCGUCGUGCUCGCUGCCUUGCAGCAGAACGGCGAGGCCUUGGAGUUUGCGCCCGAGAAGUUCCAGUCGAGUCGCAAGGUGGUGGACGUGGCUGUGAAGCAGAAUCCCAGAGCCCUUCGCUUCGCUUCGGAGACUCUUCGAUCAGACGAAGAGUUGGUGAAGGAAGUGGCACAAGUGGAUGGAUCUGUGCUGCAAUAUGCAUCUGAGACUCUUUGUGCCAACAAACGAGUCGUCAACAAAGCUGUGGCUCAGUCUUGGGAAGCUCUUCCCUUUGAGCAGGUGGAAGAGGGGCUUUCAAUUGAGCUCUUGCUGGACACUGUGAAGCAGGACUGGCGAGCGAUCAAGGAGAUCUUGCGGAAGAACCCGGAUCCUCCGGAGGACUUCUUGGUGGAGGCGGCCACCAUCAAUCCAGAGAUUGUCAGAGCACAAGAGUUACGAGGACACCGGUCGGUGGCGGCGGCGGCGCUGGAAGGGAAUGGCUUGAUGUUGCACUAUUUGCUUCCGGAUUUGCGUGCUGACCAAGAAUUGGCCUCCAUUGCUGUGCGCCAGAAUCCGGACGCCAUGGGAGAAGUCCAUCCAUGUCUCCGCCGGGAAAACGACCUGCUGAAGCUCCAGAAGGAGGGCUUGGUGCGGCGGGCUCGCUUGGAACUUCGUAGGCGCCGGGCGAAAUCCGACACCGUGGCAGCCGAAGCCGUCGCCGAUCACGAGAUGGACCGAGACGGCGACGUGGCGGACUGGACGGAGCCGAUACCAGAGAAGCUGCCGGAGAUGCUGCCGGAUCCGCCGGAUCCGAAGAUGGAGAAAGAGGAGAUUAGCCAAGAAGAGCUCGAAGACGGCGCAGAUGUGUCGCCCACCUCCUCGCGACCUCCAAGAGCGGCCGAGGAGAAUGAUGUCGGUAAAGUGGCGGCGUCGAUCAUUGGGAAGGUGGAUGUGGAAAGUGCUAGCGGGGCUGAAGAUGGUCUGCCACAGUGCGUUGUUUGUUUGGACGAGCCCGGGUGCAUGGUGCUGCUUCCCUGUGCGCAUGGAGGUGUGUGCGAGGAGUGCGUGACACGGAUUGUCCAGAAUCGUGCAUUUGGCGGUGCUCAUUGUCCACACUGUAGAUCAAACAUUAGCACUAUCGUGAAGCUUCAGGAGGUCGAAGGAGAACUGGCGAAGGGCGUCGAACUUCGGAUACCUAUGGCCAGACCUGUGGCGAAUGCCUGA